UACAAAUCUGUAACCCAAUCAUCUUUCUAAACUGAUCGGAUAGCCCUUUUGCUGAAAUUCCGCUCCGAUUUGAUCGUCUUUACUUCUUGUUUGCACUCCACAAUUAGUUUUAGAAAUCGCUUUCGAUUGGUGGCUUCUCACCACGCACCCCAACUGGUAGGUAGAAUCGGGAAAUGGCGAGCUACCUGUGGAGGAAAUACGCUGAUUAUGUGUACACAAAGUGGGAGAGAACGCUUCUGUGGGAUAUGAUCGAGCCUUACAAGCGUCCCAAGUCGUUCACCCCUCUCAUCACCAUCUAUGUCUGUGCUUUUUACACUGGGGUUAUUGGGGCUGCCAUCAAAGAGCAGCUCUACAAGGAGAGAUUCUGGGAUGAGCACCCUGGGCAUGACGUUCCAUUGAUGAAGCCGGUGUUCUAUCGAGGGCCUUGGAGAGUUAUGAGAGGUGAUGUUCCUGCAUUCAUCAAGAAAUAGUCAGCAACGGGCUAGUCGUUGCUACUCAGUUUCUUCACUCUACAUGCCUAACAAGGAACUGCAGCAUCAUGUUUGCUCUUGUGAUUCUUAGUCAUGGAUAACUGCAAACAGAUUAUGGUCAUUUACUAGAUAAUACGAAUAAUCUUGUAUGACGAUGAACUGAUGAUCCCCAACUUUGUUUGGUCUCUGUUACUCAUUUUAAUAUACGAUGCCAUGUGGUUGAGCUUA